UGAAACUCAAAACCAAAUACACAAAACCCUUCUUCUUGCCAUUCACGUGAACCUGUAAAAAAAAAAAAAAAAAAAAUCACUCUCGAGCCUCCUCCUUCGUCAGCCGCCGCACCAGGCACCGCCUGGCCGUCGUCGUUGUCACGCCGCCGCUCUCCUCCACUCGUCACCACCGCACCAUCACUGCCACCGUGCACUGCUGUUGCACCGCCCAGCUCGCCGACCAACGUUUUCUAUCAUCCUCUUUCUUGUCUCUUCAUUCUCACGACGGCAGCCAAGCACGAUAGAGUGCGACCACCGUAAUCACCACCACCAGGCUCCAGCCGCGUCGCCCGUCCCCCGCGACCAGCGCCUUGUGCAGCGCCGCCUGUGCUCCGCCGGCCAGCCUCCUCUCUCCCUCUUGAUUUGGCGGAGAAUUCUCUUUAGGCGACUUUUGAAAGUGUUAAAGUGGCCUAUUAGUUGUUUAUGCAAGUCUCUAAGGAUCAAUAAGCAUUGUCCAUCUGCAGGUUUGAAGAUGUUGCAUCAUUGGGAUCGGGAAUAGAGAGCUUGUAUUUAGUUUUGAUUUGCUAAGUUGACUUGGGAAUACGAAUACCGAAUAUUAGUAGUGUAGAUAAAGCACAUUCUCACAGUCUCAAUUAAAGUUGCAUUCUGAAAAAGCUAACCAAAGAGAAACAAAUGGAGAAACCCAACACGAAGCAAGUGUUGUUGUUCUACUGUGUUGAGGCUGAAGAACUUGCUCGUUUAGUUGCUGCUCAAUCUCCUCUCAUCACCCUUCAAUCCAUUAAUUGGAGGAGCUUCGAUGACGGAUUUCCAAAUCUUUUCAUAAAUAACGCACAAGAUAUAAGAGGCCAACAUGUUGCCUUUUUGGCUGCUUUUAGCUCACCAGCCGUUAUAUUUGAACAACUGUCUGUCAUUUUUGCUCUUCCAAGGCUGUUUGUUGCGUCCUUCACAUUGGUCUUACCAUUUUUUCCAACUGGAUCCUUUGAGAGAAUGGAAGAGGAAGGAGAUGUUGCCACAGCUUUUACAAUGGCAAGAAUAUUAUCCAAUAUUCCAGUAUCAAGAGGUGGACCAACUAGUGUGGUCAUAUAUGACAUACACGCUCUGCAGGAAAGGUUUUAUUUUAGUGACAAUGUAUUGCCGUUGUUUGAAACUGGGAUCCCCUUGUUGAAGCAGCGCCUUGAUCAACUCCCAGAUGCUGAUAAGAUAGUAGUUGCAUUCCCAGAUGAUGGAGCAUGGAAGCGAUUCCACAAGCAGCUAGAUCAUUUUCCUAUGGUGGUUUGUGCAAAGGUUCGUGAAGGUGAUAAAAGGAUAGUGAGGCUUAAGGAAGGCAACCCAGCUGGCUGUCACGUUGUUAUAGUGGACGACUUAGUUCAAUCUGGAGGCACUCUUAUUGAAUGCCAGAAAGUAUUGGCUGCGCAUGGUGCAACGAAGGUUAGCGCCUAUGUGACCCAUGCUGUAUUUCCAAAGAAUUCAUUUGAGCGUUUUACACAUAAAGAUGAUGGUUCAGACAAAGCGUUUACUUACUUCUGGAUCACGGAUUCCUGUCCUCGCACUGUAAAGUCAAUUGCAAAUAAAGCUCCUUUCGAAGUUCUGAGUCUUGCUGGGUCGAUUGCUGACGCUCUUCAGAUAUGAAAGAUAUGGAGCUAUUUGACUAGAAGAAGCGCGAGUUUGUAACAUGAUGUGAGUUCAUCAAGGAGACAUUAGUGUUUAAAAUAACAGAAUUAUGAGGCAACAGAAUUGCAACCUCCUUUUCAGUUUGGAUUGCGUGAGGUUUGUUGUUGGUCUUAGCUUCUAGAUUAGUUAUUGUGAAUCUGAACGUAUUAAGACUCAAUGAUUAUUAUAUUCAAGUAGUUGGAUUAGACAAGA